AUGGUGUUACGCGACAUUGAAAAAGAGUCGUUUUUCAUCAAAAUCGACGGAAAAUGGUGUCAAAUUGACGAUAAUGUGCUGCGAGCACAUCCAGGAGGCUCCGCGAUCACCACCUACAAAAAUAUGGAUGUGAGUGGGAUUUUGAACCGAUUACAAUAAUCAGUAACUUUGCAGGCUUCUUGAACUUGGAUUGAAGUCUGUUGGGUCCAAGUUUCAGGCCGAUCGGAUCGUCCGAUCCCGAGAUAUGUAGGCCGGGUUUUUGCGAAAAUUGCGGUCUUUUCGGCCUCUUAUCCACAUAUCUCGGGAGCAGAUGAUCGGAUCGGUCUGCAACUUGGACCCAAUAUACUUGAAUCCAAGUCCAAGAAGCCCGCAAAGUUUGGUCCCGAUCGGAUCAAAAGUACACGCCUCAAAAAGCAUUCGAACAGCCUGGACCGCCCUGCCCGGAAAAUUUGCGCGUUUGCAGUAAUUUUGCCAACCCCUCAUCUAAAUAAUUUGUCAAUUUUAGCGGCGCUGAUUUUGUGUACGUGCCCGCUUUCUGAUUUGCGUGCGAGAACCGAUAAUAUGGGCAAAAAAACUGAAAAAAGUGUCGAUUGGGUAGCAAAGUACAGAGAACACAUACCGUCCUACGUCCACGUGAAACGGCACGUGAUCUUUGCAAAAUGCGAGAGAAUUGAGUUUUUCUUGAAAAAAAUGAUUGAAGAAGGAUGUUUUCGCGUUAUCGAAUUGAAAGAAAAAGAGUUUGUGUGGCUGUCUGAAUUUUGCCACAUUCAGUGUCCGAGUCCCAGAAUAAAGUUGUGACCGUGGCCUAGAACAAUCCUAGGCCAUGGGAUCUUUUUUUUUGCAUUCGGCACAAGCAUUCACACAAAUUAACAGAGAAUUUUCUAGGCCACGGCCACAACGUUUAUGCAUUUCUGAGAGUUGGGACUCGGAAAGUGUAUGUGGCAAUGAGAGGCAACAUUACCAAAACAUUUGAGGGUUCCCUGAUCAAAUUUAAAUGCAAUUUCAGGCCACAACCGUCUUCCACACAUUCCACUCGGGCUCGAAAGAGGCGUACCGAUGGCUGACAGAGCUGAAAAACACGUGUCCGACACAGGAGCCCGAAAUUAAAGAGAUCAAGGUGGGCGGCACGUUUUAGCAGACUGUAAAAUUGAAUUGAAAGACAAUUUGUUCGCAAAAAAAAGUAUAUUUUCCUCUUAAAAAAUGCGAUAUUUUCCAGGAAGACCCGAUAAAAGGGAUCGACGAUGUGAACAUGGGCACGUUCAAAAUGUCGGAGGAGCGAUCGAAGCGGAUAAACGCGAAUUUCGAGCGGUUGCGAGCCCGCGUGCGCGCCGACGGCCUCUUCAACGGACGGCCCUCGUUCUACGUGCGGAAAGUGGCCGAGGCGGUGUUGACGAUUCUUCUCGCGUUCCUCCUCCAAUAUUAUGCAUUCUAUUUGCCGGCCGCCGUUUUGAUGGGCGUCGCGUGGCAACAAUUGGGAUGGCUCAUUCACGAAUUCGCCCACCAUCAACUGUUCAAAAAUCGAUUCUAUAACGAUUUGGCCAGCUAUUUUGUCGGCAACUUUUUGCAGGUAGACGGAUGCGCAUUUUUUGCGAUUUUUUCGUUGGAAAAGCUGCAAAUCCCAUAACAUAUUGAAAGUAUUUUAAAACUGUGUUGUCACAUGAGCGGGGUGUACUCAGAAUUGCAGAAUCUCCGAGUCUGAAAUUCAUUCCUGGAUUAACGAGAUUCGCCCAAAGAGAGUGCAUUGAGUAAACCGGGAAUCAACUCGGUAAACCUCUGCAACGUUUGCCCGACUUCUCAGUCUGCUCAAAAGUUGCAGAGGGUUACCGAGACGAUCGAUCCAACGAGAACGAAAAUUGCUGAUCAACUUUAAAAAAACAUUUAUUUGUCUGCAGGGCUUCUCGUCGGGCGGCUGGAAAGAGCAGCACAACGUGCACCACGCGGCGACGAACGUGGUCGGCCGCGACGGCGAUCUGGACCUGGUGCCGUUCUACGCGACAGUGGCCGAGCACCUGAACGACUACGCCGAAGACUCGUGGGUCAUGAUGCUGUUCCGGUGGCAGCACGUGCACUGGACCUUCAUGCUGCCGUUCCUUCGCCUCUCGUGGCUCGUCCAGUCGGUCAUUUUCGUCAGUCAAAUGCCGACGCACUACUACGAUUUCUACAGGAAGACGGCGAUUUAUGAACAGGUUUCAGAGUGGAUAUUGUGAUUGAUUGAAAAGAUGUAAUUGCAGGUCGGUCUCACACUCCACUGGACCUACUCGCUCGCACAACUCUAUUUCCUGCCCGACUGGUCUACCAGGUCCGCUUUUUUUUCCAACAAAAAAUUGAAAAUUGAAAUGUUUCAUUGCAGAAUAAUGUUCUUCCUCGUCUCGCACAUGGUCGGAGGAUUCCUUCUGGCGCACGUCGUCACGUUCAACCAUUAUUCCGUCGAAAAAUUCGCUGGUAAGAAUGAUUACAGAGUGGCGAUUUAAAGUAUGAAACGUUUGUAUUCGAGUAAGAACCGAUGACAGGAAACUAUAGAAAUAACUAGGUCUCUUUUCAUAUGCCACCACGGAAACACGCUGAAACUCUGCUUCGCCGCAACGCAGAGAAUACGGUAUAACGUGCGUAUUUGACGGCGUUGGCGGUAGCCGUCGCGACAAUUUUAGACCACCAGCACCGCUAUGAACGAAGGUUUUCUUUCUUGAAAGAAUUUGCUCCACUAAUUUUCUGUUUCCGACAAACGUGAAACCUUUUUAGGUUGCUGAGUCGAUUGAAAACUCAACUCUUAAACUGUUGUCAAUAUUUUGACACAGUGCGCUUGAUUAGGCAUUUAAAAUGUUUGCGCAAUAUAUAGAAACGUUUCAUACUUUAUCGCCACCUAUAUAAUACUGUGAAAGAUUUGUGUUUUUUUUUUCUAAAAAACGUACAAUUUUCCAUAAAUUCAGUAUCGUCGAACAUCAUGUCCAACUACGCGUGUCUCCAGAUGAUGACCACCAGGAACAUGCGGCCCGGAACUUUUAUCGAUUGGCUCUGGGGUGGACUUAACUAUCAGGUUGGUUUGUGUCAAAAGAGAAUUUUGAAAUGAUUCAUCUUCCCAUUUUUCUUGAUAAACGGGUUCAUCACACCCAUUAGUUGCAAUAAAAUAUUGGAGUCACUACGAAAUCUGCAAUAUUCGAGUGAUUAUGCGCGUGUUACGAGUUUUGGCCCACUUCCAGUUGACCGAUCGGACCCAGAGAAUGUUUGGACGUUGUCUUUGUUGUGAAGUGUCUUCAGAACAAUUUUGCGCCCAUAUGGAUUUGUUUGGGUUCGAUCCUUCAACUGGAAGUAGACCUAAAACACAGGCCGGCAAAUGCCCAGCUCUUCUAUUUUUCAUUGCCCUACACAGGUGAAAUGCGGUUUAGCAAUUAUACAAUUGCGCCAAUUCUAGACAAAUCGCGAAUAAAUAUUUGGGAAUUUUUGUUUAGAUUUGCCGAGAAUUUGUCUAGAAUUAGCGCAAUUGUAUAAUUGCUAAACCGCAUUUCGCCUGUGUAUAGUUUUAGAAAGUUUAUUGAUCUCUUGAAAAUUAAAAUCAUUCAAAAAUCGGUCUUAUGUCUCCGGCGGCACGCAUCUGAAGUCUCGAACGACAUGCGUUGAUUCACCUCUAUGUUAGAUGGGCAUUUCGGUGAAAAUUUGAAGAUGUGAGAAUGAGAAACCCUUUGCCAACAUUUUCAUCAUAAAAUAAUGUAAAAUGAACUCGAUUCUCACUCGUAACGCGCGCAUACUCAAUCGCCACUCGAAUAUUGCAGAUUUUGUAGUGACCCCGAGAUUUUCUUGCAAGUAAUGGUCAAGAAGAAGACGUUCAUGAAUCGCUAAUUUUCCCACUUUUCCCUAAAAUUUCGCUCAAUCCCCCCUCACAAUUUCCGUGAUUUCCCGUUCGAAAUGCCCGUUUGAUUGCACGCUGAUUGUUCGAUGGAGCGCACUUGCAUCAUCAUCAUCCUCGUCGAAAAACGAUGGACUUUGAAACCGUUCUCCUCCUCAUCGGCCGUCGGCACACGCGCCUGACGCACACGGGUUCAUCCGCCUAUUCCGUGACAUUUUUCACGUUUGAUAAGCGGAAAAUGGGGUGAUUAUGAUGAUAACGAAUCGGAAGACGUGUGUGCUGAACCGGAACCUUUUUUGGAGAGGAGAAAGGUCGAUUUGGACGGAAAAUCGGAAAUUGCGGGGAUCGGAUUACGGUGGAUUUUUAAAAUUGAUUGUUCUUCAGUUUGUCGCAAAAUCCGGUGCCGCAGGCGGAGUUUGCACACUUUCCGCGCCACCGUAGCCCGUCUAGACUCGGAAAAAACACUGUUCCAACGCGAAUGCUUUUGCAGAUUGAGCACCACUUGUUCCCGACGAUGCCACGUCACAACCUGAACACGGUGAUGCCGAUGGUGAAGGAGUUUGCGGCGGAGAACGGACUGCCGUACAUGGUCGACGACUACUUCACCGGCUACCGCCUCGAACUGGAGCAAUUCCGAAACAUUGCCGAUGUGGCGGCCAAGCUGACCAAAAAAGUCGCCUAA